AAGAGAAAGCCCUAAGACCCAGCGGUGGUGAGCAAUCAAUGAGCUUACUGGCUACUACUAGCUUAGCAUACCUGACCUAACAGCACCAAGCAGGGAGGGAGAGCCCUGGGAUCAGGAGCCCCCAAGGCACAGGUCAGGAUGUGUAGGUACCUGUUUUGUCUCAAAGAUAACAACAGAGCUUCAGGCACUGCCUGAAGGUAAAACCAUCCUAGUAUUAUUUUUCCUUCUAGGAAGGGACAUAGAAUUUAAGCUCAAGCAGCAGGUUGGCCUAGGAAGCUAGGACGCGCAGAUAGGCCGCAAGGUCUCAUCCUCUAGGCUUGAGAAUCCACGUUCCGGUGCCAGAAGGCUGAGAACGAAUUCAGGACUCUCAAACACUCAGGCCAAAACUCAGAAGACUCGGUCUCAGUGGCAUGUUUGCACACUUCCAGGCAUUCAGGAAGUUAUAUAUCUUUGCUCUUUCUUGGAAGCUAAGAUUCUUAUUUAGCAGGUAAGGGGAAUGAGAGCCUCAAAUUUUAAAUAACUUGCCCAGAGUACUGGGACUGAGAUUCAAAGCCAGCGAAUUCUAAUCCAGAGCCUGAGUUAACCUGCAAGGUUCACAACAGGAGAGACGCCUAAAGAUGCCAAAGUUUUUCCGCUUUUUGCCUUGAACUAAAUUACACUGAAACUGUUUGUAGAAGAGUUGCGCUAUUGAAAACCACCCAUGUAACGCAGUCCGCGCACUUUUCCUCGAAGAAUCUUGAUCCUGACGGCCCACUGUGGGUUGAGGCGCUCGCGAAUGCCCCAUGCGAGGGCGACCCUGUGGCUAAGCUGUUAUCUGCGUUUGGCUCGCAGCCUCUGUAGAGUUCAGUGCCUGGAACGGAAGGCCCAGGGUCCUCCAUCUCCACCAGCGAUGGAGAACGGCACCCGGCCCUGCGAAGAGCGCCCACCCGCGGCCCCGGCGGCGACUGUCACCGAGGGUGCGGCCAAGAUCGCCUUCCCCAGCGCCAACGAGGUUUUCUAUAACCCGGUGCAGGAGUUCAACCGGGACCUGACGUGUGCUGUGAUCACCGAGUUUGCUCGAAUUCAUCUUGGGGCCAAAGGAAUCCAGAUCAAGGUGCAAGGAGAGAAGGACUUGCAGAAAGUGACUGCGGACUUGUCUGAACAAGAGGAGGAAAAGGCUGAACAGAAAGAGAAUGAAAAGCUGGCCCAAGGAGACCAGCCUCGGACAGCUGCAGUGGGUGAGAUCUGUGAGGAAGGUCUGCAGGUGCUGGAAGGUCUGGCAGCUUCUGGUCUGCGCUCCAUCCGAUUUGCCCUAGAGGUUCCAGGCCUCCGGUCAGUGGUUGCCAACGAUGCCUCUGCCCGGGCUGUAGAGCUUAUACACAAAAAUGUGCAGCUCAAUGGUGUGACACAUCUUGUACAGCCCAACCAGGCGGAUGCUCGGAUGCUGAUGUACCAACACCAGAGGGCAUCUGAGCGUUUCGAUGUCAUUGACCUGGACCCCUAUGGCAGCCCUGCCCCCUUCCUGGAUGCAGCAGUACAGGCUGUGAGUGAUGGAGGACUUCUGUGUGUCACCUGCACGGACAUGGCAGUAUUGGCAGGGAACAGCGCAGAGACGUGCUACAGCAAGUAUGGGGCCAUGGCCCUCAAGAGCCGGGCCUGCCAUGAAAUGGCCCUGAGGAUUGUGCUGCACAGCCUGGAUCUGCAUGCCAACUGCUACCAGCGCUUCAUCGUGCCCCUGCUCAGCAUCAGCGCUGACUUCUAUGUCCGGGUGUUUGUGCGCGUUUUCACAGGCCAGGCCAAGGUUAAGUUCUCAGCCAGCAAGCAGGCCCUGGUGUUCCAGUGUGUGGGUUGCGGAGCCUUCUACUUGCAACGCCUUGGCAAAGCAUCGGGAGAGCCUGGUGGCAGGGUCAAGUUCUCUGUGGCCUGUGGUCCUCCGGUGCCCCCUGAGUGCGAGCACUGUGGACAGCGACACCAGCUUGGAGGCCCCAUGUGGGCAGAGCCCAUCCAUGACCUGGACUUUGUGGGCCGAGUUCUUGAGGCAGUGACCACUAAUCCUGGCCGUUUCCACACCUCCAAGCGGAUCCAGGGUGUCCUCAGUGUUGUCACUGAGGAACUUCCCGAUGUCCCUCUCUACUACACACUGGACCAACUGAGCAGCACCAUUCACUGCAACACGCCCCGCCUUCUGCAGCUCCGGUCAGCUCUCCUCCAUGCUGGCUUCCGAGUCUCUCUCUCCCAUGCCUGUAAGAAUGCAGUGAAGACGGACGCUCCCCCAGCAGCUCUCUGGGACAUCAUGCGUUGCUGGGAGAAAGAGUGUCCAGUGAAACGGGAGCGGCUGUCCGAAAGCAGCCCAGCAUUCCAGAUCCUUGCCGUGGAGCCCAGGCUGAAGGCCAACUUCAACAUCCGGGAAGACGCUAACCCCAGCUCCCGCCAGCGAGGACUUAAGCGCUUCCAGGCCAAUCCUGAAGCCAACUGGGGUCCCCGGCCCCGUGCCCGGCCAGGGGGCAAAGCAGCAAGUGAAGAUCUAGAGAAGCGGAGGCUGCUACAGAACAAGCGGAAGGAGCCAGCCGAGGACCCAGCCCAGCGAGCAGCGCGCCUUAAGACAUUUCCUUGCAAACGAUUCAAAGAGGGCACCUGUCAGCGAGGGGACCAGUGCUGUUACUCACACAGCUCUGCAGCAGCUCCUGUGGCCUCUGCCGAUCCUCCCCCUACAGACUGCGCAGAGAGUGCCACCGAGAUCUCCCCUGGACCGGAGGCUGAUGGGGCCACUGCUGGGCCAGGAGUAGACUGAGACAAUAAAGAGCUGUAACCUG